UGAGAAAACUUUUAUGUAUUCUGCAUUGUGUCAAUAUUAAAUGCCAAAAUGUAUGUACACACAGAGAAAGAAAGAGUCGAGGAAAACACAGCUAGUGUAACAACGAUUUCUUCUUGAAUUUCUCAAGGUGAAACUAACUAAAGUCUCGACAGAUUCUUCCUCACCGUAACAUCCUAUAAUCAAGACUCGAUAGGAUACAGUAAAAUACUUACAGGAUACGUAUAUAUAUAUACAAUAGUGCAUUUAAGGUGUCUGUCCCUGAAGAUAAAUCCUGUUACGUGAGUGCUAGGAAUAGCAAACUUAAUGAUUCAAUGACGGAUACUGUGUUACAAAGAAAUAUAAUAUUUGGUGGUCUUUGUGCUCAGAAACAACUUGGAAUAUACAUGCAUAUUUCUUAAGAAAGGAAACGAAAGUGGACUGCAACUAGACAGAUAAAGAAGACCUUGAUUUGAAAGGUCAAGGGCUUUCAUCAGGGUCGUGUCAGGCCAUAGAGCCUGUCUGUAUCAAACUGUCAACCUAGAUAGAGAUAUAGUGAAGAUGGCAGAACAGAAAAGAGCUCAUCUGAACAGGAGCAUGGAAAAAAGCUUCGAGGAUUUACUCACGGGGCUGGAUGAUGAGUUUGAGCCAGAUAUAGAUGACAUCUUCACAAACUAUGAUCAUCUUCCUGAGAAAGUUACAGAUGCCACAUUUAAUGCUAUGGCUUUUCAAAAACCAAAAAGUCCUACCCCUACAUCUUCACGGCAGAAGGAAGAGGUUGAAGAGGACGAACCAAGUCCUGGAAAAGUCCAAAUGGAAGAAGACUUAGACAUUCAGUUACCCAGGGUAGCAAAAAACACAGACCCUGGAAUUCAGAGCGAGAGUGAAGAUGAGGAGCAUGAACCAUCAAAUGGGGAGUUGGAAUUUGUCUCCUCCAUUCAGGAGGGGGAGGAGGAGGGAGAAGGGGAGGUUUACGAUGCCUCCAAGUUGAUCUUGCCUUCUGUUGGGGAAAGCAGCACAGAUGAUACUCUGCUUGGAAAUGUGGAGCUUGAAGAAGAUGAAGAGGAAGAAGAGGAAGAUCUAGAAGAAGAUGAAGAGAAGGAAGAAAUUGAGGAGGAAAAAGCAGAGAGUGAAGAUGACAGUGAAGGAGAGGACAUGGAAGACCAGACCCAAACAAAGGAAGAAGGAAAGUUGAGGGACCAGAAAGACCUGACAAUGUUUUCAGGUCUGGACCAAGACGACUCGGAUCCUGAUAUUGAUAAGUUGGUAGCAGAGUGUGAUUUCCUGCCUGAGACUGUCACAGACUCCACUAUCAAUGCAAUGGUGGAUAGGAAUCGACCUUUGGCCAAGUCUUACAGACAGAGUCAGGAAGAAGAGAGUGAUGAACAGGAUGAGGAGGAAACCAUGGAAACAGACUCCGGCCCAGAAAGCAGCCCUCCACCGGAAGUAAAAAUAAGAGUUCAAAAAGAGGCCAGUUUAGAUUUCUCGGUUCUUGAGCCUGACAGCAACCAUCUUGAUGUGGAUAUUGGGAAGCAAAAGACCAAUUUGAGAAAGAAGGGUUCUCUGGCCAAGAGGAGGAAACCCACUCGAUCAACUGUCAGGAGCGCUCUUUUGUCAGGGGAGGAAACAUUAUUUGUAGAUUCCACAGAACCAAAAGUGGAGAAGACUAGCAGGAAGGAUGAUGAGGAUGAUGUGUUUGGUCAGAGAACUUCAACUUCCUCUGUUGAAGGAGCUCCAACUUCACCCCCAGCCAAGAAACCCAGUAAAGUCAUGGUGCCGCUACCAGGAUUCGGGGGUCCUGUGCCUGCGCUUAGAAAGAGAUCAGAGGAGCAGCAUGAGGCAGAAAUGGCAGUAGAUGAACCAAAGAAGAAGGACUUCAGGAGUUAUGGAGUUAAAUUACCUGUGCCACAACUGCCAAGGAAAAGUGAAUUUGAGGACACUCCAAGUAAACCUGUUUUGAGGAAAGUUCCCAGGAAAGACAGUGCUGAGAAGCAGGAGACGGAAGUACAGUAUGAUGUAUCUUCUUUGAAAUCAGUGAAAAAGGAAGCCAGAAAUUCAAAAGCGGAUUUGGAAUCUGACGUGUUCUUUGAGAAGCCCGCUUUACGUCAAGUAGCUAGAGACGAUAAUAAGGAUAGAAAUUCUUCGAGUGAAAUGACAUUUGAAAAGCCUGCAUUAAGAAAUGUAUCCAGACCAAGUCUGGACAAAUCAAAUGAAACGGACGUGAAGUUUGAGAUUCCAGCCCUGAAACAAGUGUCCAGAGAGAGAGGAGAAAGCAAUAAAUCUGAGACAGAUAGUGAUAAAACAUUUAGCAAACCACCUCUGAAAUCAACACCCAAACCAUCAGAGGAAAGGUCUGCACCAAUUUCUCCUAAAACGCCAGAACCUAAAACAUUCGAGCUGCCUAGUUUACGGCCAACCCCCAAAGCGAGCAGGAGCAAGCCAAUGGAUACUCAACAGGAUGUGGGCUCAUUCGAAAAACCGUCUCUGCGUAAUGUGUCAAGACCACUGGAGAGGAAGAACUCGGGAGAAGCAGGAUCAUUUGAGAAGCCUGCCCUUAGAAAUGUUGGCAAACCUCCACUGCCUGAGAAAAGGAUUUCCAUUGCUGAAGAUGAUAGCGAGGACAAACACAAAUUUGAUGUGCCUGCUCUUCGAAUGGUACCAAGGGACCAAAAACCUACCGAAACUCUAAGGAACAUUUCCCGAGGAGAAAAGGAGUCUGAUGUAGAGGUUAAUCGUAGACCCUCUCUGAAGUCUACACCUCGCAAAGAUCCCAUAAAGGCAGAAGAAGGUAAAGAAAAUCCAUCUUGGCUUAAAGACAUGAAACUGAGGAAAACUAGGAGUCAAGCGGACGACAUCAACAAUGUGGGUGAAAGCAGGGAGAAACCAGAAUGGCUUCAGACAGCCACUGAAAAGAGAGAAAAAGCUUUAGAAUCCCUCAAUUCUAAGGAAAAUAAAACAAAAUCUAGCUCAGAAAACAAAGUGCCUUGGUUAAGCCGAGACAAUCUCAAGAAAACUUCCACUCCCUUGCAAGAAAAUAAUGACAAUUCACAUUCCAAUCAAGAUGAAGUCAGAAAGAGACUCAGUUCUGUAGAUACAAAUGGUGACUUGGAUAUUCCUUCAAGGGAAAGAACUCCAUCAAAGAAGGAUGAUACAAGAGAGAAUUAUGUGCCAAGCUGGCAGCGGGCCAAGGACAAUCGUCAUGCAUCUAAUCCCAACCUAAACUUUGUGACUCCUUCCUCCAACUCGGAUGAACCUCCAGACUGGAAAAAGGCACUGGCCGAGAAAAGGAAAACAAGACGAGACUCUGAUACUCCGGUCAAACCGGCCCCUGGGGCGGACAGUCAGGAGAAAGGACUCCCUCCUUGGAAGAAGGAACUGGCCAAGAAAGGAAUGAAGCCCUCAGUUCCUGUCAAAACCUCAGCAGACUCGAAGAAAGUUGAACCCGAAUGGAAACAAAAGGCCGCUGAGAAAAGAGAGAGAAUAAUAACCCAUUUUAAGCCAGACCCAGAUGAUGAGGAAAAGAAACAGGACUCUUCGAUAAAACCCUGAGAAAGACGUAAAAGCCAUGGAGGAAAGGACUACAGAGCUGCAAUGACUACAUUUAAUCUGGUUCCUUUAGCAUUUAAAAUUGGAAUGAACAAUUUGCAUCAAGUUUGUGCACAUGCACUAUUAAAAUCAUAGGGUAAUUAUGAAAUGUAGCAACUCUCAUACUUGUAUAACCAUUAGCCUACACAUGCAUUAGCUAAUUGGAGAGAGUGUUUGUGUGUGAUAAGAAUGAUAUCGAUACCAAUUUUAUUUAAUUUGUGAAAGAGUACUUCGAUGGUAUGGGAAUUUUUUUUUAUCAUGCAAAGCAUGAAGACACUUAAUUGUAGCCCUGUCUGUCUCUCCUAUAGACUUCCCAAAGUAUAGUCACAGUGUAAAUGCAAUUGCAAGCAGUGCUUACUCCUUGGAUUUUUCCCCAUUCUGAUAUUAAUUAAUAUAUUUUCACUUUGUUACAUAGCUGAAAGGUUUCUUAUAGUGUCAACAAAAUAAAUUGUCAUAUGGGUCAACAUACAUGUACAUAAUUUUGCUUUGUUAUGUUUUUUCAUAAAUAAGUCAACCAUUUGUAUUCACAUCAUAUGCCUAGAUCUCAAACAAAAGCUAUUUGUAAGUAUUUUAUUUUCACCCUUACCAAUUGUUUCUGCAAUUCAUUUUACAGUUUGACUCAGAAAACUUAUUUUUUCAGUGAUUGCCCUGAAUGAUAAAUGUUCAUUAAUUAACAGUCAUUGAAAUCAAUGGCAUUUAGUUAUCUAGAGAGAUAGCCAACACUAGCAAGCUAAAAAUAUAUUUAUUUUCAAUUGAUUUAGUUUUUACAUGUCACUGUAGAUUUUGACAUUGUGAUGUAUAUUUUUUAAAUUUCCUCUCAAAGAGAUGAACUUUUUCUCUAAAACUGCUACCCUACUAAUGCUUUAUGACAGAAAACCUGAAAAAUAAUUCAUCUUCACUACAGUAUAAAGCUCAAACUGCUCUUAGUAACAUUCCAUUCUAUUUAUGUAAUGAAUUGUUUGAUUAAUUAUCCGUACCAUGGCUACGCUAGUUCUUCCUGCUGAAGAAAUGGAAAUGGGAAAUAAAAAUAAAGUUCGUGUUUUCCUGAUUAUCGUACAAGUGGAAUAAUGUAACAAAUAUAUCUAUAAUACUAGAAUUACCCUUUAGAUUAAUGAAGAGAGGUAUCCUGCGAGAAAAUAAUUCCUGGUGAAUGUUAUGAUGGAAAUAGAAUGGGACCAUAUCUAUAUAUUAAGCUUGGUUAUUCUUGGCCAUGUUUGCUCAUUGUGAUAGAAAGUGCUGAGGGUAUUUUGAUCCCUGGUUAAAUAGUAUUUUAUAGAUGAUUUUUCUU